AUGGCAUUUUUGGAAGGAAUGCACAUUUUUCGCUCGUUGACACGAGGAAAAACCUUCCAAAAAGAAUUAAAAAAGGCAAAUAUACAAAAAGAAACAGGCACUUUGGCUCUUGUUGAAACGAAGAACGUAAAAUCACCACAAAUAGAAUAUGCGAGCGUUUCGAAAGAAUUGACGAGCACUGAGCUAAAAUAUGUAUUAGAAUUAAGAAGGAUUUUAAACGAAAUUAUACUUCCCAUUGAGAGUCAAAGCUUAAGCCAAGAAGCAGUAGGAAUUUGUACAUGUGUUAAAACACUGAUUCAAUUUCACGGGCUUUUGUAUAGCGAAAUGAUGACUGCCAAAUCACCAGUCUUGCUUCUCUUAAAAUAUCUACAAGUGUUUCGUGAUGUGUAUCAAAUGUACACAAUCAACCUGGCUGGAGUUUUUGAAAUUGAAAAAGCUGCGUCUCCGUAUACUAUCGGUGGGAAUCGCUUGCUUAUUCCGCUGCAGCAUUUAAUGCGAUACCCGAUGCAUUUAUCACGAAUCUGUAAAUUACUCCAAAAACAUUCUUGGUUGGAGAAAAAUUUGUAUUUAUUUGUGCAAGCGUUAGAUGGGUUCAAACAGCUCUGUAUGUUUAUAGACGAAGAAAGAGGCCGUGAUGAAGGUAACCAUCUUCUAAAGGAUCUUUGCAAAGACGAAGGCAUCGCACUUGAUAUUCCUCGUCAUAUUCGGUUCAAAGGACUAAUUGUCGUCGCUAAACCGUACCUUUAUGAGUUUAACGCAUGUGUCUUUUGCGAUGAUGGACUAAUCGUUUGGACAAAACUUUUAGACGAAACAGAGAUGAUGUCCAUCUCUGUUGAGCAAUGUUUGUAUGUGUCACAAAUAUCCUUGUCUGUAGUAAUUGUGACUCUUAGUUCGAACGGGCAGCUUUUCAAACGACAUUUAGCCUUGCAUACCUUGGCCGCGUCUGUUUUUCAAAAAUGGUAUCAACAGAGAAGUAAACCGAAUAACCCAGAAUCAACAACCUCCUGCUAA